GUUUAAUGGCUUUCUUUGUAAGUCGUGUUUGUUUUUGUUGUGAUAAAAUUAUUUAUUUGUUUUGAGCAUUGCUUUGUAAAUUAAAGCAGCCAAAAAGUCCAAAAAACCUACAAGGCACAGUACAAGUACACAAUUGAUUUUGUAUUGUUUAAAAAGAGCAUUGAAAUAAGCCAAUAAUAUAAAACUUUAAUAAAAGUACACGACAAAAGUAAACAAAACAUAAAAAUAAUGGAAAAUCAAGCUCAAACAAGUUAUCAAACGUUUCUAGAGCAGUAUUAUAAGGAACAAGAUUGUAAUAAUGAGUUUGAGGAGGCAAAAGGUACAAAUGAAGAGAGUGGAGAUAAAAGUCCAGAUUUUGAGGAUGAAGGCAGUAAGAACGAAACAGAUUUAAUGAUAAGCAAGCUGUGUAGAGUAUGUGGAAAUAGAGGACAAAUUUAUAUCUAUUCAAAUGUCUGUGAUAAGUAUCUUACAAUACCUAAAACACGUCUUGCAAAAGCACAACAAGUCACAAUAGCAGAAAUGAUUGAAAAUAUAUCAUCAGAAAAGGUGGAAAAGACAGAUUUGUUACCUCAAUUUAUUUGCCCUCAUUGCUUAAGUUACUUACAACAUGCAUACAAUGUUCGAUUAGAGAUUAUUCAUACAUCCAAGAAUUUAACGGAAGCAAGAAAAAUUGCCAAUGAUGAGUCGAUAGUUUUGGAAACUAACAUCACAUCUAAACCGCCAACAGUAAAUCAACAAGAAAUUAAUAAUACAAUAGAAGAGAUUGAAGGUGACAAAUAUUGGUACGAGAACUUUGAUAAGAAAAAUGUUAAAAUUAAAAUACAGACACCAACAAAAAGUAGAAUCGAUCAAAGGAAAGUUGAGGAAAUAAAGUGUCCUGGAUGUUUUAAAAAGUCUUACGGAGCAAAAUCCCAUAACGAACAUAUGAACAAAUGUCUCAUAAAUGUCAUAAAAAUCUUUUUUGGCGAAUUUCAACUUCUUUAUAAGGCCCGAUUUGAAAAGAAGAUCACACAAGAAGAAUACUUAAUUAAUACAAUUAGUUUGAUUUUCAAUUACACAAAAAAGAUUCAAAAUAUAGCAAAGGAUUUAAUUGACAUUGAGGCAAUAUCCAAAAUUCUACCUGAAAUUCCGACAAAUCAAGCAUUUUCUAAUCAGCAACAAACAAAUAAACCUAAUGGACAAAGUGGUAGUAAUAGCAGCAAUAAUUAUUGGAACAGUAGAAUAAAUGCACAGGAUCGUUUUGCUUCACCAGAUGACAAUGGGUAUUAUUCAAAUACUCAGUGAACAUACUUAACAAGAUUUUUAAUAGCAAGAUUUGCACAAUCAAAUAAAUACCCAAACUAAAUGUGUAAUUUAUAAUUUUAAUGUCUUUAUGAAAUAAAAUCAAAAUUGUCAGAAAAAGGU